CCCUCCUUUGUCUGUUUGAAAGCCAUCUCUUCUACUCCGCAAUUUAAGUUGGGGGCUAUUCAUUCGUUCCUUGAAAAGUACAUUUUUAUUUGAAUAUGUCGAUUCUAGUAUCUAAAUUUUGCUUCGGCAUUCUGUUCGCUGCGGCUUAUGCCCAAGCUACUUCUGUUCUCGAUUGUCUCGAUGCGAACAAAGUUCCAUAUGUUACCUCGAGCUCGACAGAUUGGACUGCCUACCAAAUACCCUUUAACCUUCGUCUUCCAUUUGAGCCUGCUGUGAUUACUGUUCCCGAGAAUGAAGCUCAAGUUUCCGCUUCAAUUACUUGUGCAGCUGCUGCAAGCUUGAAGGUUCAGGCAAAGGGGGGUGGACAUUCUUAUGCAUCGUUCUCUAGCGGUGGCCAAAAUGGCUCUUUGAUUAUUGAAAUGGAGAACUUUGCUGAGAUUACCGUUGACCCGACCACAUUUAUUGUGAAAAUCGGUGCUGGACAAAGACUCGGCAAUAUUGCCACUGAAAUUUAUGCUCAGGGAAAGAGAGCCAUGCCUCAUGGGACCUGCGCCGGUGUUGGAAUUGCUGGACACGCAUUGCAUGGCGGAUAUGGAUACGAUUCCAGGAAGUGGGGUCUUGCUCUAGACCACGUCGUUGGUCUGGACGUUGUACUUGCCGAUGGUACAAGCGUUUACACCAAUGCAACCACCAACCCAGAUCUCUUCUGGGCAAUGCGAGGCGCCGGCGAUUCAUUCGGCAUCGCGACAAAUUUCUACAUGCAGACCGAAGCUGCGCCCGAAUCAGUGCUUUACUUCGUAGCUGAUCUUUCUGCUUCUUUGUCGAGCGCAGAAAAUGCUGCAACUGGAUUCGAAGUCCUCCAAAACUGGUCUUUUACUUCACCAGAUCUUACUCCUAACAUCACAUUCGGCACCUAUGCUGAUUUCACCAAAUCAUUCAUCAUCCGUGGUUGGUGCAUGGACUGCGACGAGGCUGUCUUCACAAAAAGCGUAUUCCCUGGCAUGCUUGCUGGUUUUCCAGGCUAUGUGCCCACUGUGCAAAAUCUCGACUGGAUCACCGCAUUGGUCGAUCUUGCUGGGGAGAAUCUGACACAGCCUUUGGGACACCUAUACACUGAGCACGAUACUUUCUACGCAAAGUCUGUCGUCAGCAAGGAAGCUGAACCAUUGAGUCACGCGUCACUCGUGAGCUACUGGAACUACUUGAUCGCCAAUCUGGGAAACAAACAAUGGUUCAGUAUUAUUAACCUCUACGGCGCUCCUGGAUCCCUCAUCAAUGCCGUCUCUCCCGAUGAAUCAGCUUAUUCUGACCGCGACUCCUUAUGGGUGUUCCAAAACUACGGUUACACUGGUACAGAGCCCUGGGACCCAACUAUCACACCCUUGAUAGACGGGAUGAAUAACGCUACAAUUGUUCCACAACCGGACGGAGACUUUGGGGCAUACCUGAAUUAUGUAGACCCAGAUCUAUCGCCCGCCGAGGCUCACUUGGAGUACUAUGGAGCUAGCACUUAUGAUAAGUUGUUGGGCUUGAAGGCUAAGUUUGACCCUGGGUUCGUGUUUUGGAAUCCUCAGGCCAUUGGAACUUCGAUGGCUCUGUAAGAUGGCUUGGUAGAUUGGUACGAUAGAAAGUCGUGACUAUCUUUGAAUAUUUAAACAUUAAUGGAACUUAACAUAAC